ACCGUGCGCGGGUGUGCCCUAACCCUACAGAGCAACUUAACACAGACACUAAUCCAGUCAGAGAGAGUGAGUGAGAGAGACAGACAGAAGAAAUGGCGGGAGAAGGUGAUAGGCGUCCGUCCGAUCCGCCGUUGUCCCCCAAUGACGGAAAUGGAAACCCAGCUUCGACACCUGAUUCGCCUACCUCGGUGGGAUUCAACACGGAUCAACUGCCGUACAACACCAGCCAUGCGUCGGAGCCUUACUCCGACGAAGACGAGGCUUCUGUGGAUCCGGAGAUCAUAAGAGACGAGCCUGAUGAUGUGGCCGAUGUCGAAGAGGAAGGAGAGGACCUUUUCCACGACAAUUUCCUCGACGACUAUCAAAGAAUGGAUGAACAGGACCAAUACGAGUCGCUUGGUUUAGAUGAUUCGGUAGAAGAUGAGAGGGGUUUUGAUCAGAUCAUGGCGGACCGCCGGGCUGCUGAGGCUGUGCUUGAUACCAGAGAUGCUCGAGUCUCGAACCGCAAGUUGCCUCAGCUUCUUCAUGAUCAAGAUACUGAUGAUGAAAACUAUCGACCAUCAAAAAGAACUCGAGCUGAUUUUAGACCCCCAACGACACCUAGAAGUGCUGAUGAUAGUGAUGCAAUGCAGAGUUCACCAGGCGGUGGGGGAGCUAGAUGGAGAGGGGGAGGGAGCAGCCCGGGAGAUGUGCCAAUGACAGAUCAGACUGAUGAUGAUCCAUAUGAGGAUGAAGACAAUGAUGAAGGAGAGUUUGAUAUGUACAGGGUUCAGGGAACUCUUAGGGAGUGGGUCACACGGGAUGAAGUUCGGCGCUUUAUUGCAAAAAAGUUCAAAGAAUUUUUGCGCACAUAUGUAAACCCAAAGACUAUGCAGGAAGAUUAUCUAAAACAGAUAAAUGAGAUGGUGUCAGUUAACAAGUGUAGCCUUGAGAUUGAUUACAAGCAAUUUAUAUACAUCCAUCCCAAUAUUGCCAUCUGGUUGGCAGAUGCACCCCAGUCUGUCCUUGAAGUAAUGGAGGAAGUCGCCAACAAGGUUGUCUUUGACUUGCAUCCCAACUAUAAGCAAAUCCAUCAAAAGAUCCAUGUUCGUAUUUCAAAUUUACCAGUUUAUGAUCAGAUUCGUAAUAUCAGGCAGAUUCAUUUGAACACCAUGAUUCGUAUUGGGGGAGUUGUUACCCGACGGUCCGGAGUCUUUCCUCAGCUGCAGCAAGUAAAGUUUGAUUGCAACAAGUGUGGGUCAGUUUUGGGCCCCUUUUUCCAGAAUUCAUAUUCUGAAGUCAAAGUUGGUUCAUGUCCCGAGUGCCAGUCAAAAGGUCCAUUCACAGUCAAUGUUGAGCAGACAAUUUACAGGAAUUAUCAGAAACUGACACUACAAGAGAGCCCAGGAAUAGUGCCUGCUGGUCGACUUCCUAGAUACAAGGAAGUGAUACUGUUGAAUGAUCUUAUUGAUUGUGCCCGUCCUGGAGAAGAGAUUGAAGUCACAGGGAUAUAUACAAACAAUUUUGACUUGUCUUUGAAUACCAAGAAUGGAUUUCCUGUGUUUGCCACUGUUAUUGAAGCAAAUUAUGUCACAAAGAAACACGAUCUCUUUUCAGUUUACAAAUUAACUCAAGAGGACAAAGAAGAAAUAGAGAAGUUGGCAAAAGAUCCAAGAAUUGGAGAGCGGAUUGUUAAAUCCAUUGCUCCAUCUAUAUAUGGUCAUGAGGACAUAAAGACCGCAAUAGCUCUUGCACUUUUUGGGGGCCAAGAAAAAAUUGUUGAAGGGAAACAUCGGCUGCGAGGAGACAUUAAUGUACUUCUCUUAGGUGAUCCAGGGACAGCAAAGUCACAAUUUCUUAAGUAUAUUGAGAAAACAGGGCAGCGAGCUGUUUAUACCACUGGAAAAGGAGCAUCUGCAGUGGGGCUUACAGCAGCAGUACACAAGGACCCAGUCACUCGUGAGUGGACACUUGAAGGGGGGGCACUUGUUCUUGCUGAUAGAGGAAUUUGUCUGAUUGAUGAGUUUGACAAGAUGAAUGAUCAGGACAGGGUAAGUAUUCAUGAAGCCAUGGAGCAGCAGAGUAUAAGUAUAUCAAAAGCUGGUAUCAUCACUUCUCUUCAGGCACGCUGUUCCGUCAUUGCUGCUGCAAAUCCUAUUGGAGGAAGAUAUGAUUCUUCAAAGACUUUUACACAGAAUGUAGAAUUAACAGAUCCAAUCAUUUCUCGUUUUGAUAUUAUGUGUGUUGUCAAGGAUGUGGUUGACCCAGUCAUUGAUGAAAUGCUAGCAACAUUUGUUGUUGACAGUCAUUUCAAGUCACAACCAAAAGGGGCCAAUUUGGAUGACAAGUCCAUGAAUAAUUCUCAGGAUGAUCUCCAAUCUAAUGUGUCACUUGAUCCUGAGAUAAUUCCUCAGGAUUUGCUAAAGAAGUACUUAACUUAUGCGAAGCUAAAUGUUUUCCCAAAGUCGCAUGAUGCUGAUUUAGACAAGCUCACACAAGUUUAUGCUGAAUUGAGAAGAGAAUCUUCACAUGGACAAGGAGUUCCUAUAGCAGUGAGGCAUCUAGAGUCGAUGAUUAGAAUGUCUGAAGCUCAUGCAAGAAUGCACCUUAGGCAGCAUGUUACUCAAGAAGAUGUAGACAUGGCUAUUCGAGUCCUUCUGGAAUCAUUCAUAUCCACACAAAAAUUUGGAGUUCAGAAAGCUUUGCAAAGGAGCUUCAGAAGGUACAUGACAUUUAAAAAGGAUUUCAAUGCGAUUGUGCUCCAUCUAUUGCGCGGGCUCGUGAAGGAUGCCAUCCACAUGGAAGAAAUCAUGUCUGGCUCUGCUGCGAAUUUGAGCCAUGUUACUGUGAAAGUGGAUGAACUGCAAAGCAAGGCACUUGAUUAUGGCAUCUCAGAUCUUAGAGAAUUCUUUACCAGUGCUGAAUUUUCUAGAGCCAACUUUGAGGUGGACGAGGCGCGCGGUGUAAUAAGGCACCGCCUUUCUACCUGAUUUAAAGAUUAGAGACAUUCAGCGAGCAGGGCUUUUUGUUGUAUUGCUUCUAUUUUAAAAAUGUAACAGUACCAUAGAUCUGUGUUUAUAUAGUGACUAGUGAGUGAUUAUU